CCACAGCAGCAGGACGACCAAAGCCACACAAGCAGAAAACGAAGCCUGGCAACAAGGACAGCGUGGAUACAGCAGCUGUGGCAAUGAAGACAGCAAUGACAGCGGGAAGCGACAAAGGCACAGCACGAGCGACGACAGCAGGAAGCGCCACAACAGCGGCAACAAAGAGCACAACGAUGCAAGCGGCAGGAGACAGGGCAAAGGCAUGCAACCACAAGCAGAGCCCACAAGCCGCGGCCGAAACCGCCGGCAGCAACAGGAAGCGCCGCGCCGCGGCUCGACACCAGCUGGGAAGGUAGGAGGCCUUGCUCAGCCCCGGCUUCAAUUUUUACCCCUCCUACUUCGACGGCAGCAACAGGCAGCGCCGCGCCGCGGCCCGACACCAGCUGGGAAGGUAGGAGGCCUUGCUCAGCCCUGGCUUCAAUUUUUACCCCUCCUACUUCGACGGCAGCAACAGGGAGCGCCGCGCCGCGGCCCGACACCAGCUGGGAAGGUAGGAGGCCUUGCUCAGCCCUGGCUUCAAUUUUACCGCGGCGCCGCGGCCCGACACCAGCUGGGAAGCUACAGAUCCUUUCUACAUUCUACUUGACAAGGUCACCAGCCAAGUGAUACAAUUCCAUUGGCAUCCUCAGAGUGUAACGGACAGCCCUUAUGCAGUGUCUCUAGUGGCAGAUAACAUAGUUAUGAAUAAAACAAUCACAAAUAACACCUGGAUGGCAUUUGCAAACCUUUAUCCAGGUUAUUGGUAUACAGUAUCUGUGGACGUGUGGAGUUGCAGUAAGAAGAUCAGUUCCUCAGUGAUGGUCCGGACAGAAGCCACAGCCUAUCAUGGAAGAGCCAGAAUUACAAAUGAAAAUUAUACACUUCAGUACAGCAACAAAUCAAGUACCAAGUUUCAGGAGUUUCAGAAGAAUUUCACUGAAGAGAUAACAAGCCAUUUGCCGUUGAAAUUCAGAGAAUUAUUAGAAUCUGGGAAAAUGCGUAUAACUAUCACUGAAAUCAGAAACGGCAGUGUAAUUGUGGCCUUCGUCAUCAAGAUGGUUCCAUAUAGAAAUGUAACACACACUGAGGUUGAAGAUGUUGUUAUCAAGGCCUUAAACAAAAGCAAAAAACUGGAUGUAGACCUCACUCAGACUUCCACAGAAGUAAUUCCUGUCUGUCAGCCAGAACAUAAUGGCUGUUCUAAAUAUGCCUACUGUAUCCCAAAAGACACAACUAAUUCAUGCCAAUGUAAGCCAGGAUUUUGGGAUCAGAGUCCUCAGGUGCCAGGAAGACAAUGCCAAGAUAUAAAUGAAUGUAAGGGGAAUAAUACCUGUUCCAAGUUGGCUUCAUGUGAAAACACUGUCGGCAGUUAUAAAUGUCAAUGUUAUCCAGGCAUAACUGACUUGAAUACAAGAAAUCCUGGAAGACAGUGUCAAGAUCCCAUCCAGUGUUUGAACACAUCUGAUAUUUGCUCACAAUCCACUAAGUGCCUUGCCUCGCAAUAUUACAUCUGUUCAAGCAAACAAGCAUUUGCUUGCAGAAUUUUAUUCAAAAACCAGAAUUUUACACCUGAACUUUAUAAUCCACAAAGUGAGAUCUAUAAGAAUAUGGCUGACAGAAUCAAGAAAACUGUUACUAAAGGAAUGAGAAUAAAGCUCAGAGAUGACAACUUUGAUGUUAUAAUGACUGGAUUCCGACCUGGAAGUGUGAUUGCAUAUUUUACAUUUCUCCUGCAAAGACAACAGUAUAUUGACGCAAGCAAUUUUACAGUGUAUUUAACGGAAGCAGUAAAAAAAAUGCUUGAUAACCAGACUGAAAUAACAGUCAAUGCAAUGAUCACAUCGCAGCUAGUGGAAGAAGAUUUGAAACCAGUGAAAGACAUUUCAACCUGGAAAACAGGAAUAAUUGUCCUUGCAGUGCUCUUUAGCAUUGCAUUAAUAUCGAUUGUGCUGAUGAUCUCAGUACGGGUUUAUACGAAGAGCAAAAGGGACAAAUAUAGUAUUGAACCUCCAGGACUCAUGGGAAGUUUUGCCUUCCAAAGCUUGUAAGUGUCUGCAUUACUUCUCAGCUACAUUUCCCCCUUAACUUUGCAUCGUUAUUAGAAAACAGACUAACCAGAACAAAAGAUGAGUGCCAGUAUACUCUGUAUAUUAUUUAAAUACAUUUGAAGAGAAACCAGAACUAAUGCCACUCAGUGGAAGUCCCCAGAUCAUUCGAGGGAAUAGGGCAAAACCUCAAGAAACAGAGCUUGAUUUUGCAUCCAAAGGACACUUCAACAGAAGAAAUUAUUUGGAAAAGGAAUAGAAUCCUCACAGGGGACUUCAAUAUAAAAUAAUGGAUAUUUUCAAGUAUGUCACAGUGUCAGACUUGGCUUUAUUUUUGCAUGCAACUGAAUGUUUGAAAAAUUAUCCUGGACUCCAAACAACCCCAGAACAUAUUUCAAAGUCCUAGCACACAGUGUGUGUAUAGAAGAAUGAACUACAUACUUUCACUUCUUUCUUUUUAUUUCCAUGAAGCAGGAGCAAUUCCAUUGUUGAUACAAAAGCUUACGACUGUGAAUUAAUCUUUAAGCAUAAAUAAAAGUUCCAGGUUGAUGAGAAGGGGAAAGUUGCAUAUGAUUCCUACUCUUUUACAAUAUGCUGUGAUUGCUCCUAUGAAAAGUCUAUGGACUACAACCCACAUUUCCUAGAAAUUCAUGCCUCUGCAUUAGAUAUCCUUAUGCUCAGCAGCAGGCUGUGUGAGGGUGCUCCAGACUGUUUUGGGGUGGGAUUAUAUCACAUACCGACAAAUUCAGGUUGCUCAAUUCUAGUUGGUUGGGAAGUCUUGUGCAACAAACCCACUUCCCCAAAACUUUUUGGGAUAAGAAAAGUUUUGGGAAAAUGCACUGAAAAUGGUCGGAUAACACCUGCUUUGAUGCAAUGUCGCCUAGCCAUCUCAAACAAAUCAGGAAGAAUGCUCAUUAAAUACCCACAUCUAGUGGUGUAGUGGUUAAGGUGUUGGACUAUGACCUGGGAGACCAGGGUUCGAAUCCCCACACAGCCAUGAAGCUCACUGGGUGACCUUGGGCUAGUCAAUGCCUCUCAGCCUCAGAGGAAGGCAAAGGUAAACCCCCUCUGAAUAUCGCUUACCAUGAAAACCCUAUUCGUAGGGCCGCCAUAAGUCAGAAUCGACUUGAAGGCAAUCCAUUUCCAUUUCCAGCCUCCCCUACAAAAUCAGAAUGAAUAAAGAGGUAAUUUGGAAAUGCCUCCAAAUUCCCUCCUAGAAAUGAUGCUAAAUACCCAUCAGUUUUGACAUGACUGAUCAAUACCGACUGGUGACUGGAAUCACUCACUCUGUGUGUGCAUGUCAAAUCAGUUCCCUACCUGUAAAACAGCUGACAGCUCCAACUUAUCAGCUUGGUGGGUGCACACACAGCUCUACUCAGCAAGGGGCUCUGUAAACGAUAGAUGUGAGCUUUUCUACCCCACACUCCAAUAUUAAAAUAAAUUUAAUUAUUCCAUAAUAAAUGGAAUUAGCAAUGCAAUCUUGCAGUAUUGAUAUUUUUUUGCAUUAUUUUUACGCAGUGCACAAGCUGUGAAAGAUACAUUUUAAUAAUCUGAACAUUUGUGUAUGGUUACAUUAGCUCAGUAAAUAUAGACUCAAUUACUGUGCAGGCAUGUGAAGAUUAAAAUGUAAUAUUAAUAGCAAUGUACAGUAUAUGGCAGUUGCUUUUAAUGCCCUUUGAAACCAGGUUGAUAUAUUUCAGACUUGAAUUUGUAUAAUAGCAUUUAUUUUGUACCUGCUUGACAUAUUUCUUUUACAUGUUUUUCAAAAAAUUAGUGUAGUAAAUAUAGAUUUGCUUAAAUCCCCUUUUGGGCUCAUUCAAGAGGAAGGAUAGUUUAUAAAUUCAAUAAGUAAUAAUAAUAAUAAUAAUAAUGAAGUGCAUAU